GCAAAACAUAUUCAAGCUCUUUCCACAGUCGCGUAUUGCCUUGUGUUUCGUAGCCGCGGUACACGGAUUACUCUCCUUCGAAUCAGCCAUGGCGCAAUGCACUUCGAUGGAGGAAAUCGUGAUUUUCGUUACCGGGUCCGGAGUCGCCGAUCGCACUAUGCAACACGUGCUACUGUUGUUCGUAUAUGGCGUGAGCUCCCAAAUCAUAUUUGACCUACAAUCUGAUGCGCGUCUGCGACGGUUCACCUUACGAUUUCAACGUUACGGACCCCGCACGGACGAGACCGCGGAAGUUCCUGAAGGUGUGUUGGCACAGAUCGACAAUGGCCUCAUCUCGGCGGACUUCGGGGGUACACUCACGGUGCGAUACCCUGCAGAUUUUGACGUGUAUACUCUGUGACGAUGGUCUGCUCGAGCAAUACGGAGACUAUCCCCCUGCGGACCUGGUGAUCACGACGUACGGCGGUGUUGCAGACCAUCAAACAGAGUACGACUUAUACGCCAACGUGAAGAGGCUCUUUCCGCAAACGCAUGAAAAGGGACUUCUGCGAAUUCAAAGGGCCUAGGCAACGUACCACGCAGUGGCAGAGUCAUUGUGAUGAGAUGUACAUCUUAUUGCGUCCCGUUCAGAAGCUCACGGCGAUCGUGUUCGAUCACUGAUUCCGCUAUUCACUUGUAGCGACCAUUGUCAAUUGCCAUCCAUGUUUCCGGGGGACUCCAGAGGGCUUACGCAUGUGAUGGUAACGACACCCCCCUGCGUUGGGAUAUCCCGACCGCAGAGUCCAGCGUAGGCGACCUGGCUCGAAUUCGCAGCUGUGGGGUUGUGAUGACGGAAGGAGGCAACGGCUUCGCGUCAAGAACUAUUGGGCUGGAAGGCCUCAGUCAACUAUCUGGCUACUUUUUAUUAUCGUUUAGACAGGUGCAAUGCAGCUGACUCCGAUGUCGACC